AUGAGUUACAGCAAGAAAGACGAAGACGCCGACUCGGCCAUCAUGAGGGUCGACAGGACAUCUGUCUUCCAAGAGGCACGAUUGUUCAAUUCUUCCCCCAUACAGCCUCGAAGAUGUCGAGUCCUUCUCACGAAAAUUGCCUUAGUUUUGUAUACUGGGGAACGAUUUCCUACCAACGAGGCCACAACCCUUUUCUUCGGAAUCUCGAAGCUCUUCCAAAACAAAGAUGCCAGCUUACGACAGAUGGUCCACCUUAUCAUUAAGGAGCUGGCGCAUUCGGCGGAGGACAUUAUUAUGGUUACGAGCACGAUUAUGAAAGAUACUGGCGGUGGUACAGACGCGAUCUACCGACCGAAUGCAAUUCGUGCGCUCUGCCGUAUCAUUGAUGCGUCUACUGUCCAAAGCAUUGAGCGUGUUAUGAAGACCGCAAUCGUUGACAAGAAUCCAUCUGUUUCCUCCGCCGCUCUCGUUUCCUCCUACCACCUCCUACCUAUUGCCCGCGAUGUUGUUCGAAGAUGGCAGAGCGAGACACAAGAAGCGGCUACAUCUACAAAGUCUUCUAGUGUGUUCUCCCUCGGAUUCUCCACGUCAAGUGGACAGAUGCCGGUCAACAACUCCACCAUGACACAAUACCACGCGAUUGGACUGCUCUACCAAAUGAGGAUGCACGACAGGAUGGCAUUGGUGAAGAUGGUUCAACAAUUUGGAACCGCAGGGGCUGUGAAGAGUCCUGCUGCAACUGUUAUGCUUGUUCGGCUGGCGGCUCAAUUGGCUGAAGAGGAUCAACAACUCCGAAGGCCAAUGAUGCAACUCUUGGACGGCUGGCUCCGACAUAAGAGCGAGAUGGUUAAUUUUGAAGCGGCAAAAGCAAUCUGUGAUAUGCGCGAUGUCACAGACGCUGAGGUGACCCAAGCUAUCCACGUUCUCCAACUCUUCCUCACUUCCCCUCGUGCUGUCACUAAAUUCGCAGCAAUUCGAAUCCUCCACAACUUCGCUUCCUUCAAGCCUCAAGCUGUCCAUCCUUGCAACCCCGACAUCGAACUUCUCAUUUCAAAUAGCAACCGCUCGAUUGCGACAUAUGCCAUCACGACUCUACUUAAAACUGGAAAUGAGGCUAGCGUUGAUCGCUUGAUGAAGCAAAUCUCUGGCUUCAUGGCUGAUAUCACGGACGAAUUCAAGAUCACAAUUGUUGAAGCCAUACGGACCUUGUGCUUAAAAUUCCCCAACAAGCAGGCUGGUAUGCUAGCAUUCCUCAGCGGUAUCCUGCGCGAUGAAGGUGGAUACGAAUUUAAGCGUGCAGUUGUGGAGAGCAUGUUUGAUCUGAUCAAGUUUGUUCCGGAAUCAAAAGAGGAUGCUUUGGCACAUCUUUGCGAAUUCAUUGAAGAUUGUGAAUUUACAAAGUUGGCCGUCCGAAUUCUUCAUCUCCUAGGUAUCGAAGGACCUAAGACCUCGCAACCAACCAAGUACAUUCGAUACAUUUAUAACCGAGUCGUACUUGAGAAUGCCAUCGUCCGAGCGGCAGCAGUUACAGCUCUCGCGAAAUUCGGUGUAGGACAGAAGGAUCCAGAGGUCAAGCGGAGUGUAACUGUUCUCCUCACAAGAUGCUUGGACGAUGUUGAUGACGAGGUUCGUGAUCGAGCGGCGCUGAACUUGAGACUCAUGUCCGAAUCUGAUGAGAUGGCCGAUCGAUUCAUCAAGAAUGAAAACUCUUUCGCGCUCCCAUAUUUCGAGCAUCAAUUGGUCAUGUAUGUGACUGCUGACGAUAAGUCAACAUUUGAAGAUCCAUUCGACAUCUCAGCGAUCCCUGUCGUUACCAAAGAGCAGGCAGACGCUGAAGACAGAACAAAAAAGCUUACGACUGUCACCCCAACUGUCAAGGCACCAAAAGCAGGACCUACCAAAUCCGCAGCGACAGGCGCCGAGGCUGUUGCAUCAGCUUCCGCAGCUGCUCAAAAGUACCAACAAGAGCUGCUCAAGAUCCCAGAAAUGCAACCUUUUGGCAGCGUUCUGAAAUCAUCGCCGGUGGUAGAGUUGACCGAAUCAGAGACGGAGUACGUUGUUUCGGUAGUCAAACAUAUCUUCAAGGAACACGUCGUGCUUCAAUACGAAGUCAAGAAUACGCUACCAGAUACAGUACUCGAAGAUGUCUCCGUCGUAGCUACCCCUGCAGAAGAUGAAGAACUGGAGGAAGAUUUCAUCAUCCCUGCAGCCAAACUUGUCACCGAUGAACCAGGAACCAUUUACGUUUCCUUUAAGAAGACAAAUGGCGAAACAUCAUUCCCAGUCAGCAGCUUCACGAAUGUUCUCAAAUUCACCACCAAAGAAAUCGAUCCCACAACCGGUGAGCCCGAGGAGACCGGCUAUGAGGAUGAAUAUCAAGUUGAGGAUUUGGACCUCACUGGCAGCGAUUACGUUCUCCCAGCUUUUGCUGGUAACUUCAACCAUAUCUGGGAGCAAGUUGGUGCAGCUGGUGAAGAGGCAGAAGAGACGUUACAGCUCAGCGGCGUUAAGAGCAUUGCAGAUGCUACCGAACAGCUCGCCAAGACUCUUUCGUUGCAACCUCUUGAGGGCACCGAUGUACCCGUGAACACGACAACUCACACGCUCAAGUUGUUCGGAAAAACUGUCACUGGCGGCAGAGUUGUCGCCAAUAUCCGAAUGGCAUAUUCUACGAAGACGGGUGUCACGAGUAAACUCGUGGUGCGCAGUGAGGAGGAAGGUGUUGCAGCUCUGGUAAUUGGGUCUGUUGCUUAG